AUGGGGCAUUGUGCAUCUGUUCCUUAUAAUCCCCAUCCUCAAGUAUAUCUGUAUAUCAUCUGUCGAUUAUAUGAGCUCUAUUAUGCCCUUACUUUUAUAUUUCCCAUUAGUCUGCUGAUUAAAGACCAUUCUCUGGGAGAGCAGUUUGCAGAUAGCAGCAUCUUAGAUCUAGAGGCAACUUUGGAAGAAUCGGACAGCAGGACUCCGCUGGUGUGCCUCUUGUCCCAGGGGGCAGAUCCUACAGCUCAGAUUGAAGCAUUAGGCAAAAUAAAGGAAACAUUGAAGACACUUCCAUGGGUCAAGGCAAGCCAUCCCACGCCAGACGACCUUCUCUCGGAGUCGAUGGUAGUUGGAACCGGUGGUUGUUUGCUCCAGAAUUGUCAUUUGAGUCUGGAGUUCUGUCAGGAGGUGCUCGACUCCGUCACCGAUUACAGUCACAUUCAUAAAGGAUUCAGACUUUGGCUCACUACAGAAGUUCAUCCAGAGUUUCCAAUUGGCCUCUUGCAGGACCUCCUAGACUACUCAAACGUGCACCAGUGGCCAAGACUUCUUUAUGCCACAGCCUUUCUGCACACCGUGGUCCUUGAACGAAGAAAGUUCGGGUCGCUUGGCUGGAACGUUCCGUACGAAUUUAAUCAGGCGGAUUUUCAUGCAUCGGUCCAGUUCAUACAAAACCACUUGGAUGACAUGGACCACCCAAAGAAGGGUGUGUCUUGGGUCACUGUGUGCUACAUGCUGGGGGAAAUCCAGUAUGGUGGACGGGUCACGGAAGAUUUUGACAAGAGAUUGUUGCUAACGUUUCUGCAUGUUUGGUUUAAUGAAAGACUUCUCGCUUCUGAUUUUCGAUUUUUCCAGGGUUACGGCCUCCCAAUGUGUAAGAGCCAGGCGGAUUACCUGGAGUUUGUGAAUCUAUUGCCACCUACCGAUUCUCCUGAAGUUUUUGGCCUCCAUCCAAAUGCUGACAUUACAUAUCAGAUCAACACUGCCAAAGGGAUCUUGGACACAAUCCUCAGCAUGCAGCCGAAGGAGGGAGGACAGAGAGGAGGCGAAACGCGUGAGGCUGUGGUAUCUCGAUUAGCCAAUGAUAUGUUGUCGAAGUUGCCUGAGGAGUACAACAUGCAUGAGAUACGUGAAGCUCUUCAACGAAUGGGCGCCAUUCUUCCCAUGAAUAUAUUUCUUAGGCAAGAAUUGGAUCGGAUGUUAAAGGUGCUGAAGGCUGUGCGUAGCACUCUGCUUGACAUGAAUCUUGCAAUUGAAGGCACCAUCAUCAUGAGUCCAGCAUUGAAAGAUACGCUCGAUGCCAUGUACGAUGCGCGAGUCCCUGAACAUUGGAGGAAGGUAUCCUGGGAAUCUUCAACUCUCGGCUUUUGGUUUACAGAGCUUCUUGAGAGAGAUGUCCAGUUCCGAAAAUGGUACAUGCUAGGAAGACCGAGGUGUUUUUGGAUUACUGGGUUUUUCAACCCUCAAGGUUUCCUCACAGCUAUGAGACAGGAAGUAACUCGUCAACACAAGGGCUGGUCUCUCGACUGCGUGAUUCUUCAGAACCUGGUGACGUUUAAUAGAGAAGAAAUCCACGAACACCCACCAGACGGGAGUUUUAUAUUUAUGGGCCUCUUCUUGGAAGGGGCUUCUUGGGAUCGAAAGCAGUGUCGUCUUAUUGAGUCAAGGGCUAAGAAACCUGGACAUUACAGAGAAGGGGGAACAUAA